AUGGCUACCACUGAAACCACACCUUCCAUCGUCCCAGAUUACGAUCGACCAACCCAACUCAAAGCCUUUGACCAAACAAAAGCCGGCGUCAAAGCCCUCGCCGAUGCCGGAAUCCGAGAAAUCCCAUGCAUCUUCAUUCACCAACCGGAACCCUUGCCCAAAACCUCCAUGCCUUUCGAGAUUCCAGUCGUUGACCUUGGAUCCAUCGAUAGAGCAUCGACGGUGGAGAAGAUCCGUGAGGCAUCGGAGAAUCUAGGAUUUUUUCAAGUGGUGAAUCAUGGGAUCCCAGUGAGUGUGAUGAACGACAUGCUUCAAGGUGUUGGUAGAUUUCACGACCAAGAUGUGGAGGUGAAGAAACGGUUUUACUCAAGAGAUCCUUCGAGAACAGUGGUGUAUAAUAGCAAUUUCGAUCUGUAUAGUUCCCCCGCCGCGAGUUGGAGGGACACCUUCUAUACAUUAAUGGCUCCGUCACCUCCGCCGCCGGAACAACUGCCGGAGGUUUGUAGAGACAUACAAAUUGAAUACUCUAAUCAAGUGCUGAAACUAGGUGGCGUCCUAUUCCGAUUGAUCUCGGAGGCGUUGAAGCUGAACCCUAAUCACCUUGGAGAUCUGGAUUGUGACAAGGGGCUUAUAUUCGCCGGUCAUUGUUACCCUGCUUGUCCACAACCAGAUCUAACCAUGGGUGCAGCCAAACACACAGACGAUGGAUUCCUUACUGUUGUUCUACAAGAUGAAAUCGGAGGCCUUCAAAUACUUCACAACCAACAAUGGAUUGAUGUUCCUCCAACCCCUGGUGCCCUCGUCGUCAACAUUGGAGAUCUAUUACAGAUGAUAUCGAAUGACAAAUUGAGGAGCGUGGAGCACAGAGUGGUUGCAAGCGAGAAAGGGCCGAGGGUAUCGGUGGCAUGCUUCUUCAGAACCUCCAGAGCGCCGUCGACGAAGGUGUACGGACCCAUCAAAGAGUUGGUUUCCGAUGACAACCCACCGAGAUACAGAGAAACCACCGUUCAUGAAUACAUUCAAUAUUCAUCCUCUAAGGGCCUUGACGGCGUUCCUCGUUUACUUCAUUUGAAGCUUUAAAUUACACAAUAUACCAUUAAAAACAAAAAACUCGAAACACUUACGUGGCGUUUGUUUUUUAAGAGG